AUGGGUUCUAGUGAGAGUCGUGCAUUGAAAGAGGCACUUGAUUUUAUUGCGGAGGGGGAAUGCGCGGAAGUGGCGUGUUCUCCACCCCCGGACACCUCCUCGGACAUUGGGGAUGUCAACGAAACCAGUGUGCUCCUGCCACUCCCUGAGGCCCCUCUUUCCCUGCAGUUAUUGCAACCCCGACGCCGUUGCCUGCGUCUUGUGGUGCAAGGGGCGACCUUGGAUCCGCCACAAACUCAGCUGAAGCCGCUGAUUCAGGCGCAAUCCCCUCUCUCCACCGCUAAUGAGGCGAGGCUUUAUGAAAAAACUCAGCCCUCGACGACGCUUCACACGCGUGCGAUGUCCUCCACGGGCCCCGCCGCGCCGCGUUCGCCUCCUCCUUUGCGGCUGCCGAAAACCGCCUACGACGCGAGCGUUCAUCUCGUGCAUGAGCGCUCUUCCUUCGUGCGCACGCUCCACAUCCGCCCUCCCCCGAAUUAUCGUUUCACCGUCUACGUUCAUAUCUACGAGCUUACCUCCGGGAUGUUGGCGAAGCACGGGCGGAAGCUCCUGGGGUUGGAAACCUCCGGCGCGUACCACUCCGCGCUGGUGUGUUACGGGAUGGAAUUCUACUUUGAAGGGGGCAUCGCGAUCGCCGGGGCGGGGCGGACGCGGGUGGGAACGAACUACAAAGCCGUCCGCCUCGGCAGCACCGCGGUGAGUUUUCACGAUUUCCUUCGCUGGGUCCGCGCGCGGGAGCGGGAUACCUAUCAACUCCACGACUACAACAUCAAACUCCACAAUUGUCAUCAUUUCACCCGCAAGGCGGCGGAGUUCUUGCUGGCGGAGCGGGAUGCCCUCCCGCGGUAUCUUUUCACCACCACGAAGGAGCUUUUCCGGACGAAAAAAGGCGCCGCGCUGUGCGAGGCCAUGACGGUCGCCAUCCGCGGCGCGCAGUACCUCACCGCGCGGCAGCAACUCCAGCGGGUGGCGGAGUUGCAGGCCGGGGUGGGUCGGCUGCUCCGCGGCCUCGUCGCCGGCGGGGUGCCCCGGCAGCCGCCCAAAGCGGUCGUGGUCUUCCACGUCGACGACGAGGCGACCUGUCGGGAGACGCUCGACGGGCUUCAGCCCUACCUCGAGCAGCUCAUCGACGCCAAACGGGUCCGGCCGAUCGCGAGGGAUUGGCUCGCGGGCCUGACGCUCGAGCUCGCGCGGGGCUUCGACUCGGUCGACGCCAACGCCGCCCAGGCGUUCGUCGACGUCGUGAACGAGGCGUUGCUGCGGAAUCCGCUGACGCUGUGGGGGCCGCCGUUGAACGCGCUCCGCGUCGCGCUUCUUCACCACAUGGUCCUCUCAACGGUGGUCUUUCACCCUCACUUGCUUUCCGUGCUCGUCUUCGGCUCGCGGGAGUUUCUUCGCCUUUUGCCCGACGGCAAACUCAACCUCCUGCGAGUGAUCGCCAACCUCGCGUGCGGCAGCCACGGGGCGAUCCUCCUGAGCGAUCCGCACUUCCUGAACACGUGGGUUUCGCUCGUGGGGAUGGGGCUGAUGGAGCCGCACCCCGCGAUCGUCUACGCGGCCGCCUGCCUGGCCGUGAAUAUCGCGGUGAGUGAGGCGGUGUGGAUCAUGCCCGCGAUGAACAGCAACCUUCCCGGCUCUAUCGGGCGAAACCGGGCCCUCGCCCUCGCCACGAUCGCUCUCUACAAUGUAUCGCAUCGCACGGAAAAGGAAUUGCCGGAGCCGAGUUUUAACAUGUUGCUCACUUGUUUGCUCUGGUUCAUGACGAGCAGUACUUCAGUAUUGAAGUUCGUCAUGCGGCAUCCUUUCCACCCUUUCUAUACCGAUCUCCAUCAACGCGCGCAGACGGCCGAGUCUCGCGCCUUAGUAACCAUAAUGGAACAAAUGGAAGCCAUGUAA